AUGGGCAAAAUUAAGAAAGUUGCUAGUCAAAAGCAUGAGGCUACAGUUUCGCCUUUUCUCAGCGAAUUUAUUGCCAAUGCCAUCAAUCUCCCCGUCCCGGAGAUUCCUUCUCAUCUACGCACGUUCCCUAAGCAAUGGCCAUUUCCCCGAGGCGACCUUUAUCACUGGAUCAACGUCUUAGACCGCUUUGAUCAAAUCCUGGCCACUGUCAUCGAGAAAUACUUCCUGAAUACUGGUCCACAAACACAAAAAUUUAGUCGGACCGUGUUGGAGGAGUCAUACGCGGCGGAUGCGAGCAAAUUACCAGCAGAAGGCAUCGAUGCCAAGUUGAAUUCUCUAGGAUAUGGGCCCGAGGGUGACCGGGAGCUGGUAGAAGCGAUCCUGAACUUCUCACGUUUGCUGCUAGAGAAAUGUGGAAACCGCAGCCUGUACAGUAGCAGUGAACGUUUAGGAGAUCUCUUGAACACUACCUCUCUGUCCCUCCUUGAGAUUACACUGCGGUUGGCCCUCUGCUUGGCCCAGCGAUACCACUCACGUCAGCGUGGCACUCACCAGCAGGCCAUGCUGGCAGCUCACUACAAUAUCGAUCUAGAGAAGCUGCUCAAGAUUGCUUCACCUUUCCCCCGUCCGUUCAUUGCUGGUAAAGCCCAGUUGCCUGCGACCCCCGCUGUCUCAGCCAAGGGCAAGGAGAAGGCGCCCCAAACCAAGCUCAAUGCCAACGAACUGGUCUCACUUGUGCGUGAUGAUGAUGAUGGCUGGAAUGAAUGGGGUCAUGUUCGGGUCCUCUACUACCCAUCAGGUUUCACUGAGCAAACUAGAACAACCUCAGAGUUUGGGCAUGGCGAAGUCGGUGCUCAUGUCCCUACUACACCUACCCCGCUUCGUCGGAGCGCUACUCAUCCUACUCCACGUUUGAGCCGCGGGCCCAGUGGAGAAGAAUCCCCCGCCGUACACCCAAGCACAGGCGGUAAGUCUGAAGAAGCAUCCCGAGGCGGAAAAGUAUUGGACCUUCCACACUCGAAGAUCUCUGCUGGAAAGAUAGAAGAUCUUCUUGCUAGUAAUCUGCCAAAUUUGCCUCUUGAGUCGAAAUAUGAAUUGCUUCACAAGGUUCGUGUCGCCCAAGCUUUAUCUGGGUCUCGUGAAAGCCGCGAGCAGAUUCUUGCAGUCCGUAUUCUCGCCAUGACCAACCUGGCCUAUGUUCACCAAGAGUCGACAUUCCAGCAGAAGGUUCUUCAAUAUGACUUGGAACAGUCGAAACGACUCCAGUUAACGUUCCAGCUGGCCGAGUUGGUGCAUCUUGGCGCGAGUGGUGAUAUCCAGGUCUCAAGGAAUCUACAAACGCUGGCCAUUUAUGCUCUGGAUGCCUUGGCGAAACAUAAAGCUCGCGCAGUGGACGUCUGUGCCGCUUUGAGUGUCAAUGUCAAUCAUGGUGUUUUGAUGUUCCUGACCCGAAAGGUAGUCAACGAGCUGAGUGCUGAAGAUGACGAUUCCGGUGACUGCUUUGGUGAUGAGUGGCGCGAUGCGCUGCUUUCACUCUUGCGCACUCUCCCUAGCUCGAGCUCACGGACUCCCGAGACACUCGUUGCUGCCGGUCUCAUUCCCAUGUUUGUUGAUAUCCUGAAUCUUCGAACUAUUAAGGCCCGCCGAGUCUAUUCUCGAAUCAUGGAGUUCCUCGAUACCUUCGUCCAUGCUGUCCGUGAUGCCCUAAGCAUUCUGACCGCAGCCAAGGGCUUCGAUGCGAUUUCCGACCUCAUCGAUCACGAGACCAAGACCGCGUUUGAGAAGGUCUCUAGUGGAGCCGGCUUCCCCAAGCAGUACAAAAACCCUUCCAUCGACUACCAAAUCCCUUAUUUCCAACAGCAAACAUUGCGGUGGAUGUUCCGUUUCGUCAACCAUAUUAUGCAACACAAUGGUGGAGGGUUUGAUCGUGUUCUGCGGAAUUUGAUUGACUCUCCUCAGCUUCUUACUUCUUUGCGACUGGUGUUUGAAAACGCACGAAUCUUUGGUUCGCAUGUAUGGAGCAAUGCUGUCAACAUUCUGAGUAGCUUUAUUCACAACGAGCCUACCAGUUAUGCUGUCAUCGCCGAGGCUGGUCUAAGUAAGAGUCUCCUUGGUGCAGUCAUGGGGCGUGAGCUUGAGGCCAAGGAAAAGCCCCCUGCUGUCGAACCAGAGGAUGUCAGUAACGAGGCCGAGUCUUCGGCUCCUGCACCCGCCGCUGAAACGGCCUCUUCCACCGACAGCGAGAAAGUCACUCGCGAAUACCUCAUGGCUCGGCCACCUGGUACGGAUCUGGCACCAGGAAUCAUUGCUGCAGCUGAUGCUCUUGCGUGCAUUCCUUCGGCAUUCGGGGCUAUUUGCUUGAACGCCUCUGGCCUAGAUCUGUUUCAAUCUUCCGAUGCCCUAGAAAGCUUCUUCGAGGUUUUUGAGCAGCCGGAACAUGUCAAGUGCCUCAAGGAUGACCCGAACCUGGUUCGCUCGUUGGGUACUGCUUUUGACGAACUUGUGCGACAUCACCCGGCUCUAAAGACAUCAAUUAUGUCUGCUGUCAUUGUUAUGGCUGCUCGAGUGGGCCUUCUUGCUAAAACCAAGGCAUGGAGAUCAGGACUGGGUGCCAAGCUAUGGACGGAAGAUCCUGAUAACAGUGCCAACGUUAUCCUCGCAGGGCCUGUCGGUGAUUUAUUCCGUGACAUUGGAGUUUCAUUUGACGCCCCAAUGGAAGACCCAAAGACGAUUGGUGUUCCUCAGCUGAAUGCCCAUACUCUUCCUAACGGUUGUAAGCUACUUGUGGGUGAUGUGAGCAAGCUACUCCCAUCUUUAGAGACCGACUUCGAGCCAAAGGACGCUGACGAGCAUGGCCUUACUGUUGCGGACUACCUCUUCCCUGCAAUACGAUUUCUUGGUGCCUUCUUUGAGAAUCAGCCAAACUGCACAUCAUUCAUCCAGGCUGGUGGAGCGGAAUUCGUUCUGGACUACGCAACGCUUCAGAGUCUGCCAUAUGGCUUCCAUGGCACCGACCCUAACCAGGAACUGACGGUGCUUGUGCACAUGCUUGCCGAAACUAAACCGCACCUUGUCAUUCCGUCUUUGAUGGAGCGAGCGCAGUCAGCAGUAAAAACUCUCUCGGCCUUUUGGACUGCACCAAAAGAGUCAGGAUUUUUCACGUCGUUUACCCGGCCGCUCGAUUCCAAGGCGCCCGCGCCGGAGGCAACAGAAGCUCUCAUACAUGGAACCGCCUUUGUGAGAAACCUGAAUGCCGCCCUCGUUCUCACGGACCUACUUCGUGAGGUUUUCGCAAUGCCUCUUUACCAGACCCGACCUGUUCAGCAGGUGUCUCCUUUCGGCCAGGUCAAUCUUGCCGACCGUUACUGCGACCUGGUCUCUUCGCUUGGUGAUCUUUUCUCAGCAUGUGUAUGGGAGGCGAUCGUGAAUGAGAAGAAUAAUCCGGACCUUUGGACACAAGGCAAACAACCGCCCCCUGGCAAGCCCACAGUUCCCGGGGCCGGGCCUUCCCAGAACCCAACGGAGGACCCAGCUGCUGCUACUCAAGGAGACGGCUCAGGUGCCCCCGACUCGAAGCCUUCUGCCGCCCCAGAGUCUGAAGGUGCUGCUAAGAAGGUUGACGAAAGAAGCUCUGCUUUCAAGAACGUUCAGACCCUUCGGUACCUUUUGGGUGCUCUACCAAUUACUAUCACCGGCUUCAUGCACAACCUCGGCCUUGGUCUUGUGGGCAAGCGACGUGCCGACGUUUUCCAAAAGGGAAAGCAGAAUGCCAAUAUGGUGGCCGAGGCCAUCGCUGACACUGUUCUACGGUCACUCCAGCUUGCUGCUCCUAACUCGGGCGCCAGCUCUAAAUACCGCUUCCCGUAUCUCAUUGUCAUUCUUUCUCAAUUCUCACACCUAUUGUACGAAGCUGGUGGUGAUCGGCCGCAGCCAAGCUACUUGACUCUUGUCCUCGUCGCUUUCAAGCGAAAAAGCGGGCUUACAGUGUUGAAGGAGAUGUGCGAAAUCUUCAUGCGCGAGGUCAACACCCUCAAGCCACUGGAUCGCGGUGCCGAGACCAACAAGGAAGUCGCCGAUCAACUUGCCGCUGCUUAUGGUGGAAUCAAGAUCAUCCUUGCGGUUUUCACAGAACUCGCGAGUGGUAAGACUAUCGUUGAGUCUAGUCAAACACAAGUGUUGACCAGCAACCAUGAGCGGGAACGUGGUCGCUCGGAUUACUUCCACCCUGGUCAGUUCCAGGUAGAUCUUCGCAUGGAGAUUCUGCCUAUGGCUCAAGAGAUGUGGAACUCAGAAUUUGCCACCCAGUCGCAAAGCAUCAUUGUCAAAUUCCUGGUUGAUAUUCUUCGUUCAUCACUGGAUGGAGAGUAUGAAACUGGCGCUGCUGUGAAGGCGGACACACCGCCUAUCUUGACUGAAGUCCCACAAAAGCCAUUUGUUGUCAAUAAAGACCGCGAGAUAGUGCUUAAAGAGAAGGGAUUCGAGGAUGCUGAGCUGAAUCAAGAGGCUCUCUACCGCUGUAAUAAUGCUGUGGUUGCCGCUGAAGAAUACUGCAAAGCGCAGAAGUGGCUUCGAGCGCCUCCUAGGUUCCCUCCUGGAGCGAAUGAUAUUCAAACUGGAUCCUCCGAAAUCGCCUCGGGCGGAGAGGGCCCUGAAGAUACUCUUGUGAGUGAAUCUGGACCCUUCAACCCUGGCUUCUUAGAGGGCUCGGCCCUUGCUAUGCUUCUCGCACAGGCCACCGGCCAUACUGUGGAGAACACUACUGGCUCUGAUCUAGAUGAUGCAGAAGGCCUGGACCGUACUACCAUGCCUGAAGGCUUGGCCCGCGCGAUUGGUGCUGCUUUCCAAGACAGUGAAGCUAUGGAGCGCGAAGACCGUGGUGAAUCGUCACACCAAGAACGUCAAUCCGCUGCUCAAGGGCAAACGGAGCCCAGCAGCCAAGCACAAGAGCCAGUCCGUCGACGCCAGUUUAUCACUGUCGAGGAUCUCGAUGCCCAACGAGACAAAGUUCGAUCCAAUUUGAUUGAACGCAGCCUUGAUGUUCUCAACGUCCACUAUGAUGUGUCGUUCGAGCUUGCGGAUCUUAUCUCAUCUGGCAUCAAGAAGCAUAGCGAUCCCGAAAGCUUCCGUCGCGAGGUUGGAGAAACUCUUGUCCAGUCACUCGUGUCCUUGCAAAUGGAGAACUUCGAAACGGCAGGAAAGAAGGUUGCAGCCUACGCGCAUAUCCUUGCUUUGGUUCUUCAGGAACGAGACAUGUACAAUGCAACCAUUGAAGAGCUGAAGGAUUGUUUCGCUACAUUCCUUGGCUUCAUCAAACUCCCCACAACCGAGAAACCUGCCGAUGAAACUUUCCCCUGGAUUGGCCAUGUGUUACUCAUUCUGGAGAAGCUGCUGUCUGAUGAUUGCCAACCGCCUCUAAUCACUUGGAUCCCGCCAAGCCACGAGAAUCUUAACCCUGAUCAGCCACCAGCUCGGCUUCAGGAACCUCUGGUUUCCCUUGAUGAGAAAACACAGCUUUUCGAGGCCUUGGUUGAAAUCCUACCCCGGGUUGGCAAGGACGACACCUUGGCACUUUCCAUCUGUCGUAUCCUGGUUGUUCUCACUCGAGAACGCAGUAUUGCUGCACGAUUCGGGGAGAAGCGCAACUUGCAGCGUCUCUUUGUCAUGGUUAAACAACUAGCAAGUGCCACAAAUGAUAAGCUCCAGAGCUCGUUCAUGUUGAUCUUGCGUCAUAUCGUCGAGGACGAAGCUACGAUUCGGCAGAUCAUGCGCAGUGAGAUUGUUGCUAAUUUUGAAAAUAAAUCGUCUCGUCAGAUCGACACAGCCGGCUACGUGCGCCAAAUGUAUCAUCUUGUUCUGAGAUCGCCUGAAAUCUUCGUGGAAGUGACAAAUGAGAAGCUGAGACUGGUAAAGUAUGAAUUUUCCCAGCGCCCUCAAAUCCUUGGCCUGAAGGCCGACAAAGAUCGCAAUGCUCGUCCGCGCCAAGAACAGACUGCUGGUGAAAGCAGUAAAAAUGAUUCCACGACCGAGACUGCUGCCUCGGAUGACAAGGACAAGACUCAGGGCAAAAACACCGAACUUAAAGCGCCUGUAGUCGAGAACCCAGAUGGUGUUAUCCACUACAUCUUAUCUGAGCUUCUUUCCUACAAGGACGUUGACGACAAAGAAACCUCGACUGAAACAUCCGAGCGGCCCUCCAGCGAUCAAGCUGAAAGUCAACCGCUAAAUGACGUCGAGAUGUCCGUUGAUGAGCCUAGUCCUUCUGUGUCAAGCAGUGCCGAUGCCCAGCCUAGCCCCACACCUACUAAGAAGGGCGAGAAGCCACCUUUCAACGCUGAAGAUCACCAAAUCUACAUAUACCGAUGCUUCCUGCUUCAAUGCCUUACUGAGCUUCUGUCGUCGUACAAUCGCACCAAGGUUGAAUUCAUCAACUUCUCCCGCAAGGCCGAUCCCCUUGCCUCAACACCUUCCAAGCCGCGCUCUGGCAUUCUCAACUACCUGUUGAAUGCGCUUGUCCCCCUUGGCACUAUUGAUCAUGAUGAUUCCUUAGCAUUUAAGAAACGGAGCAUGACCUCGACGUGGACCAUGCAGGUUCUGGUUGCUCUGUGCACCAAGACUGGUGAGAAUGGUGGCCCUGUUAGACGCCGUGGCGAGCCAAAGCAGCCUGAAGAGGAUGAGCCGGAACUUUCUUUCGUUCGUAGGUUCGUGCUCGAGCAUGCGCUUCGAUCCUACAAGGAGGCCAAUGCUUCAACUGAGCCAUUGGACGCAAAAUACUCGAAGCUUAUGUGUCUUGCCGAUCUCUUCGACAAGAUGCUCAGUGGCUAUUCCUAUUCUCAGGAUGCCGGCUUCCCAUCUUCAAACAAGCAACUCGCCAAGACCAUGUUUGAGAAGAGUUUUAUUCCUGCAUUGACUGCCUCCGUCGCCGACAUCGACCUCAAUUUCCCAUCGUCCAAACGCGUUAUCAAGUACAUUCUGCGUCCCCUGAACAAGCUCACCCAGACUGCCGUGCUCCUUAGUGAGAGUUCAGAUAUCUCCAAUCUGGACGAGGCUGACGAGGACGAGAUUUCGUCUGCAACCUCGGUUUCUGAUAUGGAGGAUGAGCGGGAAGAGACUCCCGAUCUUUUCCGCCACUCCACGCUUGGUAUGCUGGAGCCUCGCCAUGACGAGGAAGAAUCGAGCACUGAAGAGUCGGAAGGCGAGGACGAAGAAAUGUACGAAGACGAGUACGAUGAUGACAUGUACGACGAGGAGGAAGUCAUCGAAGAUGACGGUGAAGUGAUCAGCGACGAAGACGAAGAGGAUGUCGAAGGUAGAGGCCCCAUCGAAGGUCUAUCGGGUGACGCUGUCGAGGUCAUCAUUGAUGAUGAUGAUGAUGACGAUGACGACGAUGACGACGAUGAAGAUGAUCACUCUGACAUGGACGACGAUGACAUGUUUGCCGACGAGAUCACUGGCGACCAUGAUAACGAAAGUCUCGGAGAAGGCCAUGAGGAUGAAUGGGAAAGUGAAGAAAUGACUGAAGACGAAGAAGAGGCUGAGAUGAUGAACCAGUUUGAGGAGGAACUGGCCGAUAUUCGCCAAACCAACCAGCCCCAUCCAGGUCAACGUAUUGAUGAUCUCUUCCGUGUUCUCAAUCACGCUGCUGGCGCUGGUGUCAACGAUUUGCACGGAGACCGCCUUGGAGGAGACGUCCACGAUGAGAUUCUUGAUGAUUUGCUGACUUCGCUACUAGAAGAAGAUGAGGAUAUGGAUGAGAUUGACGAUGAGAUGGAUGACUAUGAUGACUACGAUAUGGACCAGGGCUCCGAGGGAGAUAUAGAUGGUAAUUGGAACCCCGAACUCUCACGAAUGCUAGAUGCCUUGUUGCUUACACCACCCCCUGAAGAUGACGACCUCCUCGAGCCUUGGGGUUGGGAAGGUGAUGAACCUCCGCCUCCCCGAUCGCACGGACAACACCAUCGCUUCCGUACUGGUGCACCACCCGCCUGGGCUACUGUUGGCGAAAUUAUGCCUGGACGCCAUGGUGGACUCGUGCCCCUCCAACCCUACCCCCGGAUCCAUCGUACCCAGAUACCCGCUCGCGGCAACGAUGAUGGUACCAAUCCUCUCCUGAUGCGCAAUGGCGGUGGCGCCGAUCCUUCCGCCCAGCGUCUUGGACCAGGUCGCCUCGAUCCAUUCGCGGGUGACUGGACGCAACUUGAAGCAGGUGGACGGAUGCUGGCUAUGGAUAGCCCCGUCAGCUUCAUGAACGCCAUCAUGGAGGCGCUUGGUGGACAAGCUACGCCUGGAUUUGGUGUCGUCGCACGCCCUGAUGGCGUUCACGUUCACGUUGACAGCCGGGCGAUCUUGCCCAAUCGGAUUCAAGACAUGUUUGGUUCUCUUGGUCGUGCUGUCAACCCUGCUGCGCGCACUCGUGACGACCCCCACAAUGCCGUCAAAUUUUCAUUGUCGACAACCAGGAAUCGUUGGCAGGAGGAGGCCCGUCUCCUGUUCAGUAGCACAUAUGUUGAGAAGACGCAGCGUGUCCUCAACUCGCUUCUGAAGGUCUUGGUUCCUCCUGCCAUUGAGGAAGGAAAGCAGAACCAGAAGAUUGAGGAAGAAAGGCAGAAGCACGCUCGUGAGAUGCUGGUUGAGAAAGAACGCCAGGAGCGGUUUUUGAGAGAGGAGGAAGAGCGCGAGAACAGGCGCAAGGAAGCGGAGGAGAAUGCAAGACUCCAGGCUGAAAGAGAACAGCAGGAAGCCGAGCGACAGGCAGCUGGUAUUGAUGAGCCGAUGGAGGAUGUUCAACAAACCGAUGUUGCAGCUGAACCAACUGCCAGCUCCUCCGCUCAAGCCGAGCCCGAGCCUACUCAGCGAGUUCACACAACUAUUCGCGGUCGCCAGCUUGAUAUUACCGGGCUGGAGAUCGAUCCCGAAUAUCUAGAAGCUCUGCCAGAGGAGCUCCGAGAAGAGGUUAUCAUGCAGCAACUCGCCGAGCAGCGAUCUCAAGCUGCUGCUGCUGGGGAAGAGCCAACCGAAAUCAACCAGGAAUUCCUGGAAGCAUUGCCUGCUGAAAUUCGUGACGAGUUGUUGCAACAGGAGGCCGCCGACCGACGCCGCCGCGAGCGAGACGCCGCUCGUCGCCAACAGCCCCCUGCUGGCACUGCUGCACCUCGGGCAGAGGAUAUGGAUGCUGCCAGUUUCCUCGCUACUCUGGAUCCCACUUUGCGUCAAGCCGUCCUCGCCGAACAACCAGAAGAUGUACUUGCUACAUUGGGCCCCGAGUACCUAACAGAGGCACGAGCUCUUGGUGGUCGCCGCAUUGCCCAGUUUGGUGACAUUGGUGGAAUGGAACACCGCGGGAGAAAUGAGCCUGCUGAAGAUCAAGAGCCUAAGAAAACUCAGAGACGCCAAAUUGUUCAGAUGCUCGACAAGGCUGGCGUUGCUACCCUUUUGCGCUUACUGUUCAUGCCCCUCCAUGGUAACGCACGCCAUCAAUUUAACGAUAUUCUUCACAAUGUUUGUGAAAACCGUCAGAACCGCGGUGAGGUGAUCAGCCUUUUGUUGUCCGUCUUGCAAGAUGGUAGCAUUGAUUCCUCUGCCAUCGAGCGCAGCUUUUCUCACCUAUCGCUCCGUGCCAAGGCUCCUGGCUCACAGAAGACUCCUCAAUCUGGCAAACGAAACCUUGCUCUUCAAACCUCUAGCAUCAGCAAUGAUGUCACUCCGAUCAUGGUCGUCCAGCAAUGUCUAGGAACACUUUCUUUCCUGUCCCAGUUCAAUCCUCACAUUGCUUGGUUCUUCUUGACUGAGCAUGAUUCGGCUUCCUCGCUCAAGCUUAAGGCACUUCGCAAGGGCAAGAGUAAAGAGAAUCGAGUUAACAAAUUCGCUUUGAAUGCUCUACUUUCCCUCCUUGACAGGAAGUUGAUCAUGGACAGCCCUAAUUGUAUGGAGCAGCUGUCCAGUCUACUCAGUAGUAUUACUCAACCACUUACUGUCCUUCUCCGCCGUGAGAAAGAGAGACAGGAAGAAGAAAAGGGAAAAAAGCCUGAAGGAGCCCCGGCCGAUGAGACUUCGGAUCAAUCCAUGUUGACUGCUCAAUCUGGCUCGGACACCACGAUGACGGAUGCUCCACUGCCCACCGUUGAAACAGCCGAGGGACAAGCUACCGAGGAGACGACAGAAGGUGGAAGUGAUUCUAAAGCGGAAGGCACUGAAAAGCCCGCAGAGGAAGAGAAGCGCAAGCGGAAGACCAUUGAGCCUCCUGUGGUCCCCGACCAUAAUUUCCGCCUGGUCGUUCAAAUCCUUGCAGCUCGCGAGUGUAAUGGUAAAACAUUCCGUGACACCCUCUCCACUAUCAAUAACCUUUCUGCGAUCCCCGGCGCUCGAGAUGUGAUUGGUAAUGAGCUUGUCAGCCAAGCACAGGCUCUCAGCGAUAUAAUUCUCGGAGACCUGGAAGAGCUGCUUCCUUGUAUCCACCAAUCUAAGACUGGCACGGACAUGCAAGGCUUAGCCUUGGCUAAAUUCUCUCCGGCCAGCUCUGAUCAGGCGAAAUUGCUUCGUAUUCUUACUGCGCUUGACUAUCUCUUCGAUCCAAGUCGGGUUGACAAGUCGAAGGGCAGCGAGCCCGAAGCUGCUCCCAAGGAAGAUGUGCUCAAGAGACUGUAUGAGAGUGCCACUUUUGGUCCUCUCUGGACGAAGCUGAGCGACUGCUUGACCGUCAUUCGCCAAAAGGAGAACAUGCUGAACGUGGCUACCGUUCUCCUGCCUUUGAUCGAGGCAUUGAUGGUUGUUUGCAAGAACACUACUCUCAAGGAUCAAUCUAUUUCUCGUGGCAGUCGCGAGUUGUCAGUUAACAGUGCCCCCGCUGAUGCUGGCCUUAGCAUGGAGAACCUCUUCUUCAAAUUUACCGAGGAACACCGCAAGAUUCUCAACGAACUUGUUCGCUCAAAUCCCCGCUUGAUGAGUGGCACAUUCUCUCUGCUGGUGAAGAACCCCAAGGUCUUGGAGUUUGACAACAAGCGCAAUUACUUCACUCGUCGUGUCCAUGCCCGUGGUGCCGAGCCUCGUCACCCUCAUCCUCCUCUCCAGCUCGCUGUGCGCCGAGAUCAAGUCUUCCUUGACUCGUUCAAGUCGCUAUACUUUAAGAGCGCUGAUGAGCUCAAGUACGGCAAAUUAAACGUCCGCUUCCAUGGCGAGGAAGGUGUCGAUGCUGGUGGUGUCACUCGUGAAUGGUUCCAGGUUCUUGCCCGUGGCAUGUUCAACCCCAACUAUGCUCUGUUCAUUCCUGUAGCCGCCGACCGGACUACUUUCCACCCCAACCGUCUGAGUGGUGUCAACUCCGAGCACUUGAUGUUCUUCAAGUUCAUUGGCCGGAUCAUCGGUAAGGCUCUCUAUGAGGGUCGGGUUCUGGACUGCCACUUCUCUCGUGCUGUCUACAAGAAUAUCCUUGGGCGCUCUGUGUCUAUCAAAGACAUGGAAACGCUUGACCUAGACUAUUACAAGUCAUUACUUUGGAUGCUGGAAAACGAUAUUACCGACAUCAUCACCGAGACCUUUUCCAUCGAUACCGAUGCCUUUGGUGAAAAGCAAACUAUCGACCUGAUUCCCGAUGGUCAAAACAUUCCGGUCACUCAGGAGAACAAGGAGGAGUACAUCCAGCGUGUGGUUGAGUACCGCCUGGUGGAAUCCGUCCGAGAUCAGCUUGAUAACUUCCUGAAAGGUUUCCAUGAAAUUAUCCCUCCUGAGCUCAUUUCCAUCUUCAACGAGCAGGAACUGGAGCUUCUGAUUUCCGGUCUGCCCGAAAUCGAAGUCGAUGAGUGGAAGAACAACACCGAGUACCACAAUUACUCUGCCUCGUCACCACAAAUCCAGUGGUUCUGGCGUGCCGUUCGCUCAUUUGACAAGGAGGAGCGUGCCAAGCUGUUGCAGUUCGUCACCGGUACCUCCAAGGUGCCUCUCAACGGUUUCAAGGAACUGGAGGGUAUGAACGGCGUUAGCAAGUUCAAUAUCCACCGCGAUUAUGGCAACAAGACCCGCUUGCCUAGCUCGCACACAUGUUUCAAUCAGCUUGAUCUUCCUGAAUAUGAAAGUUAUGAAGAUCUCCGUCACCGGCUUUAUACCGCGAUGACAGCUGGUAGCGAUUACUUCGGAUUCGCAUAG